AUCCUGUCUGUGCACGGCACGCCCACUCACCACAAGCUGACCCGCGGCGGCGUCGCGCGAAACCGCGUAACCAACUGGCCUGCACGUCCACCACCCGCCAGCCAAAUCUCGCAUCCCGUCUCUGCUUGCCGCGACCUCGCCCUCCGCCAAUCGGCGCCCCCACCUCAUCACCUGCCACCACGAACACUUGCUACAUUGCUUGCAGGUCUUGGAGUCACGCAUUCCUUCCGACCCGCGCGAUUACAGACCCGGAGUCGACCAUGAUUCCCCCGAGGCUCGAUUCCGGGCUCGCCGGGAACAAAGGGCCGGCGCCAACUUUCCAACCGACGCCGUUGACGAAAUCCGACCAGCACGCAGCCGACAUGAGCCAAUUCGGUGCCGAGCCGAGAGCAGCCGGCUCUGGCGCACAGAUCUCUGCCACAGGCGACGCGACAACCACCUCCCACACCAGCAGUUUGGCCAGCGAUCCGACAAACCGCGACCAUGUCGUGGCCAUUGGCUCCGGCGACGACUCUCAGCCAGACGGUGAUGCCACGCAAUCCUCAUCCGAGAACCGUCGCCCGGGCGAGAAUAACCAACCACCCCAGCCGCGAAACCAGCACACGCUCGCCUUGUCUCGAAGCAAUUCCCAGGGGACCACCAGUUCGACCAACGGCGCCGACGCCGUGUUUACCCCGCCGACGAGCGGAGGGAGACCGAGCCCCGGCACCGGCAGCGCCCACGGCUCGAGUCAGGACUCUCAAUCUCAAUUACACCAGUUGUCCCAGAUCGCCGCCGCCCAGGCGAGGAUACCCGAGGAUGCGGCCGACCUGGGCCCCGGCGUGUCGAGGAAGCGAAUGGCCGACGGCAUGGUGAAGCACUCGCGCGACAAGUCAAACGUGUCUCCCGGGCAAAUGGCCGGCCAUUCGCGAAAUACCAGCACCGUCAGCGUGUCAUCCACGGCCGGGAGCCGCAUCGGAGAGCUGUCGGCUGAGCUGAGAGCGCGUUUGUCGUACGCCAUGGUCAAGGUUAACCACGGAUGGCAAUCUCAUUCCAUUGACCAAGUAGAGACACUGGCGUCGCAGGCGGCGUCUCAGGCGGCGUCUCCGGACUCUAGCGCCUCCACGAUCCACCUGAGGAACGGCUCGUCAGCAAGCCCCCAACUCUCUGCUGUCUCACACCGGGCCAUGGACAACACAACCCCGGCAGCCGGCACCCAGCAUCCGCAUUCGGGCCUCGCUGCUGAAUCCCGGUCGAGCACGUCUCCACGAUCGACGUCGCGGGGAAGUUCGACGUCUCCGGUCAAGACGAGCCACGGGCUCGCUCCACCCGUAUCCAUCCGGCCAUCGCAGCCCGCAGGGAAUCCCCGUAGGGACUCCAACCCGCGACAGGCCCCGCCUCUCCUCUCCACCUCCUCCUACCACACGUCGCCCCGCACGGGCGCCCAACACGCCUCCAGCCCAUACCUCGCCCCGGGGCGCCACAGGAGCACAAUAUCCGACGCCAUGCUCGUGUCGCCCCACACCAACGUCCGCGAACAGGACGCGAUCGAGUCGCUCCUCUUCAUGAGCAGUCCCGGCAACUCGGCCGACCUCAAGCACGCCUUCCCCCCCGCCUCGUCCUCGCAGCCGCUCCCCUCCAGCCACGCGCCGCCGCAACAAAGGACCGCCCUCCCUACCUCUCAACCGCGCAAGAGUCUGCCCUCGGGCCGGCCAUCAACCCACCACUCCCGCUCCCAGUCCCAGUCCCAGUCCCAGUCGCAGUCGCAGCCCCAGACGGCAAAACGGGUCGGGUUUGACAAGUCGCCGUCCGCAAUGGACGUGGACGAUCCCCCGUCCGCCGGCGGCGGCGGCGGUUCGCCAAUGUCGGUCUCGCGGGGCACGCCGCGCAGGCGGGCGAACGGGGACCACUGCUACCACAAUUCCGCGCAGGCGCAGGCGCAGGCCGCCCCGCCGCCGCCGACGCCGAGGUCGAAACAGCAGAUCCCCGUCUCGGUGGGGUUGACCGUGUCGUCGAAACCGAGGCGGCCGUUGGCCGACGACGAGAUCGAUCGCAUGCUGGACCAGGCAGCGGCCGACGACGCCGACUCGGAUUCCGACGGCGAGAUCGAGCUGCCCUCUGCUGCUUCCGUAGGCGUACCCAGGGGGGGUGCGGACGGCGCCGAGGUGGUUAAUGUUUAACCCCCGGGGGGGGGGGGGGGAUCUGCGAUGCCGAGCCCGGCUCGGUUGCUUUUCGUCCUCUCUCGCUCUUUUUGUCUCUUCUAGAAAUCU